CUUAACCCCACUAGACCCACCCCCGCAAAGUGAACUUAGAAGACAAGCGUGGGCACGCGCCCGAAGGGCCAAGCAACCGCCGCGUGAGACAAACGGAAGGGACCACUUCCUCGCUCCGGGGAGGGGAGGAGGGCGAAAAAAAAAAAUGGGCGGAGAAGAGGGAGAGCGAGAAAGGCCUGAAGAAACCCGGACGUGGUUCCGGGAGCCAGCCAAGCAGUAACAGCCACCCGCUCUGUCUCCGCCCCCUUCCAGCCCUCCCUCGUGCCCUUCCACUUCCGCACGGCAGCCUCCCUCCCCUGGCCUGGGAGGGUUGCGGAGCCAGAAGAGAGAGAGAGAGAGACGUAAGAGAGGGGGAGGAAGAAAAAAAAAAAAGGAAAAAAAAAAACAGCCACAGUGCAACAGUCACCUGGCCGAGCGAGGGAGCGCGACUCCCUGGCCAACACAGGAAAUUCCAUGUAUGGGAAGUUUGCUUGGUAGAAAAUAAGAUGCGGAGGAUGUUGCAAUGCAAAAACAGGAUUAAAGACACACAGGAGCCUUCAUGGAUAUAGUUGAUACAUUUAAUCAUUUAAUUCCUACUGAACACUUAGAUGAUGCCCUAUUUCUAGGAUCCAACCUGGAGAAUGAAGUCUGUGAGGAUUUUAGUACAAGUCAAAAUGUCUUAGAGGAUUCGCUGAAGAACAUGCUCAGUGAUAAGGACCCUAUGCUAGGAUCUGCAAGUGCUCAGUUCUGUUUGCCUGUUUUGGAUAGCACUGAUCCCAAUUUCCAGAUGCCUUGUUCUACAGCUGUUGGACUUGAUGAUAUUAUGGAUGACAGAGUUAAGGAAACUCCUCACAGUACCAUUGAUGAAGGUGAUCUGUCAUCCAACAGGAAAUUGAGGGACCAAAUGGAUGGAACUUCAACCAAAUCGCCAAGAAAGUCUCCACGUUUAAUGAACCAAGAGCCAAUACGAAGUCUGCGGCAGAGCACACUAGCUAAACGUUCAAAUUCUUCAUCUUCUGUUCCCACGAAGAAAACUGUAAAGUCUGGACCAGCUCAGAAGGGAGGACUGAAACAACACGAUAAAGGACAGGCUAAACAGGAUACUAAUAACAAUAAUGCACCAGAACAAUUAAAAAAGACUGAGCCAAGUAAUGACAGUUCCCAGUUAGAAGAAACAAAAGAAAUCCCACCAUCAUCUUCAGGCAAUUCAGAAUGGGUUCCAUCUUGUGCAGAAUCAGAAAGCACUGAAGCAGAUAAUGAGCAUGAAAUUCCCACUGAGCCAAAAGUCAAAGUAUGUCAUGAAACAGGAAACUCUUCUAACUUGCCAGAUUCUAUUACCUUAUGUAAAGAAGUGGAAAAUGGAGCACAGGCUGUUACAGAACAUAAUGAUGCUACCAUUGGAACAGAGUCAACAUCAUCUGCUUUUGUGGAGGCGGGUAAAGUUACAGAUAGCAAUAGCCUUAAAGAGGAAGGUGAUGAAGUAAUGAAAUAUAUACCUGAAAUAUCUUCAUCAGAAAAGGCAAACCAUAAGACUGAAAAAGAACAGAACAGAACUGAAAUAGAAGAUCAAAACAAGGAAACUGGGACGAGUGAUACUCUGCUUGUUUCCAAAACUUGUGAAAAUUCAAGUAAAAUUCAGGAAGACCUUAUAGUUCAGUCUAAUUUUGUGGUCAGAAAGGCUGAAUGCAAUUUAGGUUUAAAGGCUAGUGGUGAUAUUGCUCAUAAUGCUAAUUUGCAAAAAGAAGAAAAGCAAGAAUGUUCAGAUAACCUAGUAAAGGCUGAUUUGAAAGACAGUCUUCCUCUAAAUAGCAUGGAAUUUGAACAGACUAAUUUAAAAGAUGAUGGUACAAAUUCUAUCAAAUUAGAAGCAAAUACUUUGGAAGAUAACAUUAUUCAAGAUAUUCCAACCCAACCAGUAGAUCAAGAGCCUGAAAGUGUAAAAAUGGGAGAGCUUGAGAGUUCAGGAUUGCCGGAAGAUGGGCAAUCUGGUGUUCCAUUAAAAUAUCUAAAAAAGACAAAGUCCAAAAAUACCAAGACUAAACAAAAUAAAACUAUAGUCACACAACAGAAAUUGACUAUUGUAGGCCAGGACACACACAGUAAAAUUCAUGUUCUUCCAAGUCCUCGUGGUCAGUCUUCAGUAAGUCUGAAACGUCACAUAGAGGAGCAAGGAAACAUUCAGCAUUGUCAGAAAAUAAUUAAAGUUAAGAAACAACAUUCAGAUAAAGAUACAAGAUUUCAGAGCUGUGACUCUGGAAUACCUCUAAAGAAGCAAAUCCAUGAGGUUGGGAAAAAUAUUCCCCGGGGUCAAAUACCAGUUCAAGUACGGAAGAUAAUGACAGAAAGAAUGAAUGACAGAUCUGUCAGCCAUCAUGCUGGUUCUAAAGAAGGUUUACAUUUAGUGUUGGGAACAACUAGCUCUAAACAAGGGCAGUUACCACAACAGAGUCAGAAGCAGCCACAGAAAUAUCACCUUAAAACAAAUAAUUGCAUUAAGGAAGAAAGCGGGAAAAAAGAUUCCGUGGCAUUACUUGUGGAUUAUUUAAAAGAUGAUGAAAAGGAGAAAAUGAAAGUUAGAAAGUUAGAAAAGAACCUUCAGCCUCGACAGAGAAGAAGCAGUAAAAGUCUUUCAGUUGAUGAACCACCUCUGUUUAUCCCAGAUAAUAUUUCUACUGUAAAACGAGAGAGCACAGAACUCCUGUCUCCCAGUGAAAGCAAAACUUUCUGGAUACCUAGUAAGCAGUGUGGGUUUUGCAGAAAGCCACAUGGCAACAGUCUGGAAUCUAGUGAAGCAAAAGCAGUAUUGGAAUGCAAAGAUUCUGAAAGUAAAAAGGGGCCGCAGAUUCCCCUUAAGAAAACAGGGCAAAUGAGUUCAAUUCCCCGACGAUCUUCUGAAGACAAAUAUGAAAAAUUGAAUAAAGAUAAUGCUUCAUGUUCAAGUGAAAGCACACCAAAGCAAGGUAUUCAGGAUAAGCAGGAAAUGAAGAAAAGGAGAACUGAGAAGGGAACAGCAAGUAAUGUACACUCACCACCUGCUUCUGCAGCCAAACCUUCUGCUGAUCAGAUAAGACAAAGUGUUAAACAGUCACUGAAAGAAAUUCUAGAAAAAAGGCUUGCAGAUUCAACACUGAAGAUCCCCGAGGAAAGAGCAGUGAAGGUUGCAAAUAAAAUAGAAAAAGAGCUCUUUUCCUUUUUCCGGGAUACCGAUUCCAAGUACAAAAAUAAGUACAGAAGCUUGAUAUUUAAUCUGAAAGAUCCAAAAAAUAAAAUACUUUUUAAAAGAGUAUUGAAAGGUGAAGUUACUCCAGACCAUCUCAUAAGAAUGAGCCCUGAAGAACUAGCUUCCAAAGAACUAGCAGCAUGGAGGAAAAGAGAAAAUAGACAUACAAUUGAAAUGAUUGAAAAAGAGCAGAGGGAAGUUGAAAGACGGCCAAUCACAAAAAUUACUCAUAAAGGAGAAAUAGAAAUUGAAAGUGAAGCUCCAGUUAAAGAGCAAGAAGCAACUAUUAUGGAAAUUCAGGAACCUGCUCCAAUUAAAAUUGUAGAAAAGGUGGAGGAAACUGAAAAAGUUAAAGAAGCUGAUGAGUCUUCCGUUUCUGAUACAACAAAUCAACAUAAAAACCACCUAUUUGAUCUCAAUUGUAAAAUUUGCACAGGUCGAAUGGCACCACCCAGUGAUGAUCUUUCUGGAAAAAAAGUGAAAGUAUCAGUUGGAGUUGCUCGGAAGCCAUCAGAUAAUGAAGCUGACAAUAUAGCAGAUGCGCUUACUUCAACAACAAACAUCUUAGCUUUGGAAUUAUUAGAGGAAGAUAAAGAGUUAUCAAAUCCAGGGUUUGCGUCCACUUCCAGCUCUAGAUCAGAAACACCUGGGACUGUUGAAAGUGAAACAUUAUUUUUAGCUCGCCUGAAUUUCAUUUGGAAAGGCUUUAUCAACAUGCCAUCUGUGGCGAAGUUUGUUAUCAAGGCUUACCCAAUCUCUGGUUCAUUUGAAAGUUUAACAGAGGAUUUGCCAGAUAGCAUCCAAGUAGGUGGCAGGAUAUCACCACAGACUGUUUGGGAAUAUGUUGAUAAAAUAAAGGCUUCAGGUACAAAGGAAAUAUGUGUGGUUCGUUUUACUCCUGUUACAGAAGAGGAUCAGAUUUCAUACGCUUUGCUUUUUGCGUACUUCAGCAGCAGAAAACGUUAUGGUGUAGCAGCGAAUAAUAUGAAGCAAAUCAAGGAUUUAUAUAUUAUCCCUUUAGGUGCUUCUGAUAAAAUUCCACAUCAGUUAGUACCCUUUGAUGGUCCUGGAAUUGAAGUCCAUCGUCCCAACUUGCUGCUGGGAUUGAUAAUUCGUCAGAAGCUAAAAAGGCAGAUCAGUGCUGUGGCUAAUUCGACCAUUACCCAAGCUGAAGAAGGUCCUGAAAAUUUGCAACCAGAGAAAAAAAGUAAACUGAACAAAUCGGAAGUCCUUCAUUCUGAGUUAAAUGAAAGAGAAGAAGAAAAUGAUUUCUUUAAUUCAUUCACUGCAGUACUGCACAAGCAGAGGAUCAAAUCCCAACAAUGUAGCACAGAAGAAGUCACAGUGAAUGAACCUGCUGUGGAGAACAUCAAACUUGAACCCCCCAAACCGCUACGGUUCCUUCCUGGGGUUUUGGUUGGAUGGGAAAAUCAGUCAUCUGCUCUCGAACUAGCAAGUAAGCCACUGCCAGUAGAUGACAUUCUUCAAAGCCUUUUGGAUACUACAGGGCAGAUGCCUGAACAUAUCCAACCAACAGUAGACACUUCGAUUAAUGAAGAUCUGCCUUUAUUAGAGAAAAGGACCAACGUAAAGGAAGAAAACAUAGACAUUCCAGUGGGUGUUGAAGAUACAAGGCAUAAAAAGGACAAUGCAAAAGAAACCAUCAACAAUACUUUAGCAGUGGAUGUAUCAGUAGAUUUCCCUUGCUCUUCAGGAACUCUUACAAGUCUGAGUCUUAAAGAGAAACCACCAGAUGUUUCCACUGAGGUAUUUUUAGCAAACUUAACUAUUCUAUCACAGAAUAAGGAAAACCAAGAGACUCCAGAAAACAGUUUAAAGUUGGGUGAUGCAGAUAAUGUUCCUCAGGAAAAUAAAAGAUCCAUAGAUUUUCCUGUUCCUUCCAAUGCUGGAAAAGGAGUUGGGAGCAAUAAUGUUGGAACAGUAUCUGUUGAUACUAUGACCAUGCAUAGUUCCAAAUCUCCACCAUUCAUUAAUCUUAAGAGAGACCCAAGGCAAGCAGCUGGACGAGGCCAACAGAACAAUAGUUCAGAAAGUGAAGGCGAUAGCACUAGAAGUGAAGAUAUACAGCAGCUUGAUACUUUAGAAUCUGAACGGUCAAAAGUCGAUAACAAGCAGACUUCAGGAAAUGAAUUAGCUUCAGAUCAGACCGAUAACCAAGCAUGCAAGACAACAUUGGUUUCAAAUGCAUCUAAAGGAGAUGGUGAAUGUACCUCACAGCUUAAAGACGCUCUGAUGCAAAACAUUGAGACUGGAAAUUCUGAGAGAGAAUUAUUGCCACCGCCGCCGCCACCCUCUUCAUCAACAUCAUUGUCAUCUCAGUUUGAAGCGGAAAAUACAAGUCAUCAAUGUGACUUCAGUACCAAAUUACCUGCCACAAGUGGAAAUUUCUCACCAAUUAGGACUCCUCAACCCAAUUUCCCCCCCGCUAAAACAACUCCUCCUGGUUUUCAAUUUCAAGGGGCCAUUGCCCCUAAUUUCUCCCCACCAAACACUCCUAUAUUUGGGUUUCCCCAUCAUCUGCCCCCACCGCUCCUUCCACCCCCAGGCUUUGGUUUUGCUCAAAGCCCUCUCAUGCCUUGGCCCUCCGUACUUCACCUGCCAGGUCAGCUACCCCACUUUGUUGGACCAGUUACACCAGCCCCUCCCAUCACUCAGAAACCAUCAAGAUUCUCAGGGCCUGAACACUUUUAUCAAAACAAAAACACUAGGAGACACGAAAGGCGUCACAGUGAUCCCUGGGCAGGCCGACAGGGUCCUCAUGUGGAGAGGGCCUUCAGUAGGAGGAAGAAUGAUCAACACAGGCAAAGGUUUUAUAGCGAAUCUCACCACCCCAAAAAGGGCAGGCAUGACUGGGAGUUGGAUCCUGAAAGAAGUCGACACCGAGACCGAAGUUCAGAGAAAGAGAGGGAAAGGAAAAACAGGGAGGAAGGCCAUCGAGACAAAGAGAGGUUGCGGUUUUCACAUAGUGAUAAGGAUUCUGAAAGCAAAUCCUCACAAGAAAGUAGAAAUCCUGAAAAGAAGGAUGUUCCUAGAAUUGAAGAGCGCUUUCACGAAAAAGAGAAAGAAAGAGAAAAGAGUAGGGAACGGCCAAAGGAGCAAGACAAUGAAAAGAACCGAGAAAGGCAUCACAAAGACAGGGACCAGAGUGAUCGGGGUAAAAACAAAAGGUGAAAGGAAAAAAAAUGAGAAAGAAGACACAGUCUGUCUUCUAGUUCUAAACAAAUAGAACAUAAUAUGUUUAAAUAUGUCCUAAAGCUGUCUGUAUAAUAUAUGCUUGGAUAUAAUUGUGCCAUCAAUACUUUCUUUUUAUAUUCAAUGUUUAAUGUUUUGUAGGACUAAGUCUGUUCUGGUACCAGUCUGUGUACCGCACAUUCAUUUUCUUUUACAAUCUCUUGACAUAGGAGUAGAGUUGAAUAGUUGGAAGAUUUUACUCUGCUUGUAUAGAAAAAUGACUGAAAGGGGCUUCUUUUAAUAUGCAAUAAAAGACACAUUACAGAUUCUUUGUCAAAUUGGGCUUCAGUUGAGCUAUUUGUAGCCUUUGAUGAUUUGUACUUUGCAUUUGGAGCUGCUCCAGCAAACAUGAAGAUGGAUUUGUUGUGUUAAGUAUGACAACACAGCACUGGCUUUGAAAACGAGAGAUUGUAAUGCAGCCCUAUUCCAAUGCAUAUGAAUUCAAAAGAUUCCAAAGAAUAAGGAAAUGGUGGCGGCAGAGGGAAUUCCACCUGUAUUAAUUAUUAAUCAUUGGGCAUCUCUGAUAGAAGUGGCCUGUGAGCAGAUACAGUCCAGAUUUUACUGCUUUGGGGCACACUUUUUAGUGGGCUAUUUUGCAGCUUUAACCUUUCCAUCAUUGAUGGGUCACCUCCUGAAAUGAAUAAAACUAAUGACUUCAAUUAGUGUUGGGACUGGAAUUAAAUAUAUUUGUCCACUUUUAAUCGUUAAGCGCCAUCUAGGAGAAUUUGCUGGAGUUCUCAAGCUUUGGUCAUUGGGUUUUUAUCGGCAACAACAAAGCCUAGAUCAAGGUUGACUGUGUUUUCCACUUCAUCUGCACAAAGGCUUUUUUUUUAAUGUGACCACCACCACUCCUGAUGGCAAUUUAAGAACCCUAGCUUUCAGCUGAAAUUAAUAUUUUAGCUAUUUCUCAUGCUUUGAAAACUUGAAUACCUGAGCUUGUACAUGAGACUUGUGUUUUACUAUUCUUUAUAUUAUAAAAUGUAAAUAUUUUAAGGGGUAUUUUGAUUCUACAAAUGAUAACCUUCUCACAGUUGUUUGCUUGAUUUUAAUAGAUGUGGAGCAAUAGGCUAUAUACCAGUAUAACAGAAAGAUGUAUAAAUAUGGCUUGCCUUUACAGUUCAUGACUGGUAAUUUUUAAUAACCCACAGGGUUUUUAAUAAAUAGAUCAGUAAAAUGUGAUUUUUCUGUGAAAUAUUAUAGUAUAUUGGUUUCUCUGUUAGAUAUCAUUGCACUACUCUGUUCAACAUCCUAUUUUGAAGUAUUUAGUAAAAUUAAGAGCAUUGUGCAUAAAAAAAGAAACCUUUAAUUAAACCGCCUUACCUAUGAACAUAGAUUUUGCACUUUGGUAUAAGAAAAACUAUCUCUCAAUAAUAUGUGAUUAAAAUAAAUUGUUAGGCUAUUUUAAAAUCUUAUUUAAAUAUAAUAGCCAGUUUGCAAACCUUGCACAUGGCUUUAUUUAGUCAAAUUAAAAAUGCUAUAUCA